AUGGAAAUGGUGUUUCCACGAGUGGCAUUUCAAGGAGUGUGGGAAGGGGUUUUAAAGGACCAAAAUGGCUGGGAUUUCAGUGAGGAGUCUGGAGUGGGAAAGUCUUCGGAGUGGAGUUCGAGAUCAGGGGAAAUGUUGGUAGAGUGGCGGUCUUCUGAGCAGGUCGAAAAUGAAACACCUUCGAUGUCACCGCCUUACUGGGACCUGAUGAUGGGUGGUGGUGGGCCGAAACCUCAUGAUUUAUAUGGAAAGUAUACAUGGAAGAUAGAGAAAUUUUCACAGAUAAUAAAGAGAAUCGCAGCAAUGUGUUUGAAGUCGGUGGCUACAAGUGGUACAGGUUUCAAAUAAUUUGAAUGUUAUGUUUCUACUUUGUUCUCUAAUUCAUAAUUGUCAUUCUGGAAUUCCUAGUCUUUGACAUCAUAUUGGAAUUUAAUGUGGGUUGUAUGCACAAAUAUAUAAAUCUUGUAAGCUUAAUAUGCUUC